AUGUAUGAUGAAUUAAUAAUCAUGUAUGAUGAACUAACAACUAUGUAUGAUGAACUAACAACUAUGUAUGAUGAACUAAUAAUCAUGUAUGAUGAACUAAUAAUCAUGUAUGAUGAACUAACAACUAUGUAUGAUGAACUAAUAAUCAUGUAUGAUGACCUAACAACCAUGUAUGAUGAACUAACAACCAUGUAUGAUGAACUAACAACUAUAUAUGAUGAACUAAUAAUCAUGUAUGAUGACCUAACAACUAUGUAUGAUGAAUUAAUAAUCAUGUAUGAUGAACUAACAACUAUGUAUGAUGAACUAACAACUAUGUAUGAUGAACUAACAACUAUGUAUGAUGAACUAACAACCAUGUAUGAUGAACUAAUAAUCAUGUAUGAUGAACUAACAGCCAUGUAUGAUGAACUAACAACCAUGUAUGAUGAACUAACAACAAUGUAUGAUGAACUAACAACCAUGUAUGAUGAACUAAUAAUCAUGUAUGAUAAACUAACAACCAUGUAUGAUGAACUAACAACCAUGUAUGAUGAACUAAUAAUCAUGUAUGAUGAACUAAUAAUCAUGUAUGAUGAACUAACAACCAUGUAUGAUGAACUAAUAAUCAUGUAUGAUGAACUAAUAAUCAUGUAUGAUGAACUAACAACCAUGUAUGAUGAACUAACAACCAUGUAUGAUGAACUAACAACCAUGUAUGAUGAACUAACAACCAUGUAUGAUGAACUAAUAAUCAUGUAUGAUGAACUAAUAAUCAUGUAUGAUGAACUAACAACCAUGUAUGAUGAACUAAUAAUCAUGUAUGAUGAACUAAUAAUCAUAUAUGAUGAACUAACAACCAUGUAUGAUGAACUAACAACCAUGUAUGAUGAACUAAUAAUCAUGUAUGAUGAACUAAUAAUCAUGUAUGAUGAACUAAUAAUCAUGCAACUGGUAGCGGGCGGUGGCGGCGGCGGUGACGGCGGCGGCGGGGACUUGACGAACCGGUCAAAAGGGCAAGGUUCCACAGUUGGACGCAACUCUCCUGUUGCUACAGUAUGUGGACUGUGUAAUGACACAUACGUGCUGCCUCGUGUGCUAUCCUGCCUACAUGUGUUCUGCUUGGGGUGCCUAGAAAAAGUGUGUGACGGUGGAGACAGACUCGUGUGUCCCCAGUGCCAGGCUGUAACAACUGCUCCACCCCCACUGUUGUUGCCAGACUACGCUCUACAUAGACUCUUGGAGACUCCAGUGGAUGAGCCUGCAUCCUGUACUGCCUGCAAGAGUCGAGACGUGGCUGCAGUUGCCCGCUGCUUGGACUGUGCCAAGCUUCUCUGCCCCCAUUGUGUUAUGGCUCAUCAGUUCAUGCAUUGUUUUGAAGGACAUCGUGUUGUGACACUGGCUGAGCUUGCCCAAAGAGAUGAAAGGCCCGUGACCUGCUUACGGCAUAAAGGGGAACCCCUUAAGUACUUUUGUGUAACGUGUAGUGCACCCAUCUGUCUUGAUUGUACUGUGUUAGAUCACCCCAAGGGUUUGCACGAGUAUGAGGUGCUAAACGAUGCUGCUCCCCGUCACCUAGAUCAGAUCUGCCAUGCAAUGGAAGGUGGAAGAUCCAGAGCUGCAGAUCUGCGCACGUGUGUAAAGUCAGUUGAAGGCUCCUGUACACGUCUUCAGCAGCAAUACGAGAAGGCCCAGUCAGAGAUCCAUGAUACUUUCACCUUCUACACAACUAUGGUGGAAGAACGUAAGACUGAGCUAUUACGUGAGCUUGAUUCUUUGUAUCAUGCCAAGCAGGUCUCUCUCUCUGUAUUUGCUCAAAAGGCCCAAGAAUGUGUGGACAAGCUGCUAUCAACUUGUGACUUUGUCGAUAAGAUGAGGAAAUAUGCCAAUACUACAGAGGUCCUAAUGUUUCGCAAGCUCAUAGAAGGAAAGCUGUCAGAGCAAAUGGGAAAAAAUUUUGAUCUUGGAAUGCAGAAUGUGAGUGACCUAGAGUUUGUAAGCAACUUCCCUGCCAUUCAAGUAGGAGUAAGGAACACAUUUGGAUACAUCCGCUCAUCUUCAGAUAUCCAGGUGGGACCCUCCAAACUGCCCCCAAUAGCAAGACCAAAUUCGUCCAACUCUGUGAACAGUAUGAAUAGUAUUAACAGUUGUUUAAAUGGAUUAUCUGGGCUAAACACAUACUCAAAUGGCCUGAAUGGAGUGCCCCAACAAAUGACUACCAGCCAAAGUGUAUCAAAUGGCCAAAUGACCACUGGUAUUUCAACAAAUCUGACCACUAGUUUAAGUUCAGGAUUAUCCACUAGUCUCAGUAAUGGAUUGGCUAAUGGUUUGACCAAUGGGCUGACUAAUGGACUCACAAGUGGAUUGAACAAUAGCAUGAAUGGUAACCUAAAUGGAAUGCUUGAACGUCCAUAUAGUAAUAGUCAGCUUUCUACAUUAUUGUCAAAGAGAUUUAGCUCAUCACAGUCCAUGGGACCAUUUUCAACUAGCUUGGGGGAUAUGAACAUGAAUGGUUUGAGUUCCUAUGAGAAAUGGAGUUGUGGAGGUGAAGGCAUGUUUAGCCAUGAGCAGGUGAAUGGUGUGAGUGCUCCAGAUCCUGUGCUUCAUGACCUCUCUCACAAGCUGCUCUCGUGCUCCAUCUUCCCACCUCGCUCACAGAUAAAACGCCAAAAGAUGAUUUAUCACUGCAAGUUUGGAGAAUUUGGUGUUUUGGAAGGUCAGUUCACUGAACCUAGUGGUGUGGCUGUCAAUGCCCAAAAUGACAUAAUUGUUGCAGAUACUAACAACCACAGGAUUCAGAUCUUUGAUAAGGAAGGCCGUUUCAAGUUUCAGUUUGGCGAAUGUGGCAAACGUGAUGGUCAGCUACUCUAUCCUAACCGUGUGGCUGUAGUACGCACAAGUGGAGACAUCAUUGUAACUGAACGCUCUCCUACACACCAAAUCCAAAUAUACAAUCAAUAUGGACAGUUUGUACGGAAGUUUGGAGCAAAUACGUUGUGCUAUCCUAGAGGUGUUACUGUAGACCACAAAGGUCGCAUCAUUGUUGUCGAGUGCAAAGUAAUGAGGGUCAUUAUCUUUGAUCAGUUUGGGACAGUUCUUCAUCAGUUUAACUGUCCCAAUCAUCUGGAGUUUCCUAAUGGAGUGGUGGUAAACGAUAAGCAAGAGAUCUUCAUCUCUGACAACCGUGCUCAUUGUGUCAAGGUUUUCAACUAUGAGGGGCAAUACCUUCGGCAGAUUGGUGGUGAAGGAAUUACCAACUACCCAAUUGGUGUGGGCAUUAACAGCCAGGGCGAAGUUCUUAUUGCUGACAACCACAACAACUUCAACCUUACGCUCUUUACUCAAGAUGGACAGCUAGUGUCUGCCUAUGAGUCUAAGGUGAAGCAUGCCCAGUGCUUUGACGUAGCAUUGAUGGAUGAUGGCUCAGUUGUCUUAGCCUCCAAAGAUUACCGUUUAUACGUAUACAGGUAUCUACAGGUGCCUCCUCCACACAUGUGAGAUCCUCGGUGCCACUUCUCAUCUACAGUCACACUGGUGCACUUUCCAGUCUGGUUGUAAUGUGGGAACUUGAACAGCAUACAUGGUGGAACAAGUGCUGUUACUGCCACAAGGGAUGCACCUUGUAUUUUGUUUUGCACUGUGACAAGUGUGACAGAAGUGACAGGACACUAAUCUCUUGUAAAGACCUCACCUCCCUCCUCACAGCAUCAGGUGUUGACAUUCUGGGUAGGAGGAAAGGUCCCAUGUUGUCACUGUUCCUUCAUAUAGUCUAUUUUUAAUACGUGGUUGCAGUUAUUUGUACUCCCAGGGGCAGAUGCCAAGCCCAAAUCUGCCCCCCUAGUCAAAAAGUGGCUGAGGCCUCUUCCGUAGGCUUAGUUGCCAGUUACCAGUGUACUUGGGUAUCGGGCAGUUACCAUAUAAUGGGCUUAGAUACCUGUUAAUACAAGUCGCUAUUACAUUUAUUUAUUUUAAAUUUUUGUUAAAUGUAGGUAUUUCUUAUUUUAUUUUCAAUUUUCUCACUACCAAUAGUCAUGUACAUAACUUAUUCAAUUGGUUUUAAGAGUUUAUUUCAAAAUUGUCUAUUUGUUGCUCUUAGAAUCUUAAGUUGUGCCAUUAAGGAUUUAAGUUUUGUUCCUUGCAUAACCUGCUCAUGGUAUCUUGUUUUGGUUUUGUUUAAGUUUCCUUUAUUUUCAUAUUUAUGUGCUUUUCAUAUUUAUGUGCAGUAAUUUAUUAAUGUUGAAAUUUGGGAGUGGAGCAGCACAGACAAGCAGUAGUAACUGCACCCAGUGGCCCUCCUCUACCCUGUAGUGGUAGUCUAUCUCGGGUGCGGCUCCGUACCUUUUAGCCGCAGUUGAACUCGCCCAUUAUUGUUCUAUUGCAUUUGUUAGUUGUAAGGAAUUGUGCAUGAGAGCUAGAGAAAAGUUGUGCAUGAGGGGCGGGUAGUAGGGAGUCCGGUAAGCUUGUGGAUACCGGGAGCUCUACCCGUCAGCCAGUCUCCCAAUACUUUGGGGUCGGUAACAAACAGUGUGGCCAGGAAACAGUCAUAUAGAAGCCGGCCUGUUGGCCAAUUCCAUGGCUCAGUCGGAGCCAACAGUUUUAUUUAUCAGUCUGUUUUUUUUUUCUUUUUAUGUAUAUGAGAAAGAUUUUAGUUUCAUUUUAUUGAAGGCUGGAAAAUUUGUUCCUUUUUACAGGUAUUCCAUUAGUCAGAAUGGAGACAUUCAUUGUUUUAAAGCAGGUCAAUAUUAUUGACACGUUACAUGUUGAGCCAUCCAAAAGUUUGCUAUUCACUUGUUAUACCCUUUUCACACUGUUUGCUUAGGAAUAUAUAUCAAAAUUAGUUACUGGUGUUUCUAGAGAUGUUUAACCUGACCAGAUUUUCUUUUAUAAAUUUUUCCCAAGUGUGACAAUCAAAGUCAGAGGAAGCUAAUGCCUGAUAUGUUUAUCUUUGUAGUUGCAAGGGAAGAUAACUUUUGUGAAACAACAAACACAUAAGAAAAAACUGGGGGCCAAAUUAAAUUACAGGUGAUACUAUAACUUUGGUGAUGUUUUCUACAGUUGACAAGUUAGAAUAUGAAUUAACAACUGUGUGAACUCUUGAAACACAUAUGUAGAACAGAAAUCAAAUUCUGUCCUUGUAGUAAUGAAGCACUACAGCCACAACAGGUACCUGCCAGCCACAUCCUAAGAGUCUGGCUUCAUUGGCCGGCACUCGUAGGUCCUGUCAUUGUGGUGUAAACCGGAUUAAUAUGCCCUUAUUGCCCUUACCUGUUGAUAUUUAUCUAGACUAGCUCACUAUGUUAGGUAGAAGUUGAGUACCAUUGUUGUAAUCUAUUCCCUGUCUUGCCUUUUUUGUAUCUGCUUUCAAGUAGUGUAAUACAAAGCUCAACCUGUUGUAACCCUAUCUAGGAUGGCUGAUAAUAACUAAACCAACUUGUGACCUUUUCCCAAGAUCAUGCCUUACCAGUGUUGUGCGGUGUUGUAGUUCUUAAGGUCGUGAUUGUGUUGUGAUUGUGCCACACACACCUCUGCUUCAGGCAGGUAUGGAGCUUCUAUACUGACCACAGGUUGCAGGUUCCUGGCACAAAGUCUUAUUGUUUAAUGUUACUGUGGUAACACGUUAAAGGGCACAAGUGUAAUUUAGAAUUGGUGGAAUUCUGCAACCGAUAGGUCUGAUGUGUAGACUGAACGAUACCGCAGAAUCACAUUUUGUUAUAUAAACACGGUUGUUCAUUUUCAGUGUUCAGUAAUUGGCCAUAAGGAGUGGUAGUACUAUGCUGGAUAAAACUAAGCUUGUUUAACUGUUGAAACUCUUCAUUCACUGGCGUUAUAUUUUUUUUUAUGUACUAGCCAUUUACUCACAUUUAAAAAGUUAAAGCUUCCUGGGUAGUAUAGUGGAAAUAAUUUGUUGUCUUGUUUUGUCACAAACGGGAAGCAGUUUGCUUUGUACCUGGUUGUUAUCCUACACCUGGCAUAUUAGACGUGGGCUGUUAGUGAAAUGUCGGCUUGUACUUAAUUGUUCAUCAUCACUCUGUAUGGCAUAAUAAGAGGUGUUGACAGCACAUACACGGCCUUUUAUGGUAAUGCUUGCUUCCCAAUACAGUGACUGAUGGAUCAACAUCUGUGUUAGGUAGCACAUGAGCAUUUAAUGUUACCUUCCAAAUUCUUGUAGCCAAUCACUGUGUUGCAAGGGAGCACUGAAUGGCUUGGACAAUACAUAUCUCUUGUUGAUACUACUGUGUAGACACUAGUGGAGCUGUCAGGUCCCUCCAGCUACCUGGGUCCCUCAGUAGACUAGUCAGGGCUCAGCUAACCAACCAGUCUGGUUUUGCUGGGUCCGUCCUGGUGGCAUAAGGCAUCAAUGGUGCGGGGCUAGUAGUUGCCCUCUACACAUCACAGUCCUGGUGACUGAGCUGGUACCACCUUUGAAUAUGUAGGUAGCUACUUUUAGUGAUUGUCAUGAAGACACUUCCAGGAUGUGUGACCAUGUGUGGUUGGGCAGUUGCUUGCCACUUAUAGUUAGUGCUCGCUGUGCUGUGUAGAUCAACAACCCAUAGGUUAAGGCGGACUUAGUGUAGUACUGAGGGGGGCUUCCCCUUCGUCUUUCACUCUCGGACUGUCCCUGUCGGUCCAGAUGAAAUGCCACAGUCCUUCUGGCAGAUGCACAAAAGUUACCUGGCAAAUUACCUACAAGGUAUUUGUUGAUUUUUGCAGCCAACAUUCCAGUUGUUGACUCUUGAAAUGUUUAUCCUUCCUUAGUGCCACAGCCCAUGCCUGGAGCCACAUUUCAUCUGUGACCUCUUAAGUCACAAUACAUCAGUGAUAAAUUGGGACACUAUAACAAAGUUUGAUAAUUUCUUCACUUACAUUGGCCUUUCUGAAGCAUGACUUCGUUCGUAUCUACUUAAAAAAAAGUUCCAAAGUCUAUUUUUUCACCUUUCUACAGUCCAAAAGAAUAUGUAGUGUUUGGGCGGGCGGUGGGUUGGUGAGCCCGCGGGCCCAGACGGAGGGGGUAGGGCGGCCACCAGUAUUAUGCCUUGCACCGUCUUGACCCGCCCUGCGCCCCUCUGCUUUUCUACUAACGUUAAGAAUAUCAUAACCCAUUUCUCUGCUGUUGACACGUUGACUACUUACCAAGAGAUGAAACAUUCCACUAUUUUUGCUGUUUUUCUAUCUGUUUGUAUCAUGUUACUUUUGUAGUAGCGCUGCUUGUAGAUUGGGCCCUGGGCUGGGCGUGGGUGUAAGCUAUUGUCUGUAACUUUACUCACUGCCCAGUCCCCUGCAUGCCCACCAGAUGUGUGUUGCUAUUUUUGCUAUAUGAACCUCUUCUGUUCACAAAGCAGUAGUUAAUCAUUAUUGUGCCUAGUCCAAAGCAUCAGGAAACAAAGUGUCAUGACCAGAACCCAGAGACAGGACGAGCAAGUCCCCCUCUUAAAAGUGUUACAUUAAUCAAAAUGUGUACUUAAAAGUGGGUCACUAAGCCAGGGAGGCUUUAGUCAGAGCUGAUUAUAAUCCCGGAAGUUUGCUGUGCUCGUCCUGACUUUGCUACCCCUGAACCAGGCCAGGGCGGUGCCAGUAACUACUGUGUACAGUGUUUAUGGCAGCUUUGUAGAGAUCUGUGUUUGUAACCAUGUUGAUAUUGUUUAAGGUCCAAGUGUGUCAAUUACAGUCAUACAUAACUCAUGUUACCCACUUAAUGGUCCCGUAGUAUGCAAAUGCAUUAUAUAUUCAUAUAACCAUGUCUAACACAAGAAAAAAUAUGCCAUGUCUGUCAGUUGUUCAAAAAGUUUUCCUUUUAUUUUGGUAUAAGAGAGCUGUUACAGAAUCAAUACUGGACUUGUUUUAACCUCUUGUUAACCUAAUAUUGUAGUAAGGUGGGCCACGGGGAGUGUUAAUUUACCUAUAGUAAAAGCACAGUAGGGUGAGCUGUUCUUAAUUCUAGAUUGUUUUUGGCAGUUAAUAUUUAAUUAUAUAUUUUUGUUUGUUUUUUGUUAAUAUUUGUCAAAUGCCAUAUGGUAUAAACUGUCCUCUCCACAAUGCACCCUAAAGUGCUCUGAGACCAAGCAAUAAUUGCUUGGAUUUGUUGGUCUUCCAAGAUGUUGGCUGGGGAAGAGUGAAGCACCAGCUCCAGAUCAGUAAGAACAUAGCGUCCCCCCUGGCCCACCUUCGUUGUUGAUGUGUUAAGAUGCACCUUUGCUGCAGGACUAUUUGGUGAUGCGUUGAGGCACUCGGUCCUCCUGGCACCGUCAGAAACACCUACGUUAUGCUCCCAUCACUUUUAAUCUCAUGUCUUAGGAAGUUGUAUUGCUGCUCUUCAGCAACAAGAAACUAUCCAAUGCCUUUCCUUGACCCCUCCUUUCAUUUAGCAAAUAUAUACCCUGAAAUAUAUCUGUCCAAAUGUUACCAAAUUGAAUCUCCUUUCAGCAAAUUGAUUUUUAAAGAAUUACCCCAAAACUUAUAAUAUAUUUUUUCUGGAGAACUCUGUAGGGUUUAGGUCUUUAGAUAUUUAUUCCACCUUUGUUCCCUAUCCCAGAUUAUUGGUGCCGAAUGUAAUUUUUUUUCUGUUAAUUAACCUGCUGGCCCUUUGUUGAUUAUAUAUUAAUUCUACUUGCCAACAAAGCAGGCUGGUAAAGGGACCAUUCCAAGCUAAUUGAUAGUGGUGUCUCUUAUAUUCAUACCAAGAGUUGCUGGUUAGUUAGGCCAGUGCUAAGGAAUUGAUCCUAGAAUCUCUGUGGUCUACAAACAUGGCAUACACAAAGUAGGGAGUGUGUACAAAUUUUAAGUGUUUAUUUUUCUAAAUUUCUUAAGUCUCUAAUAGGAUAUAUUGACAUUACCCUGUUUCUAUUGCUCCUAGUUCUUAUGGGUAUGUACAUACACUAUGGUCACUUUCACUAUGUUUAGUUUAUUACCAAAGAUGAUUAAGCAAAACUUCUAAACAGAUCUGAAAAAUGUGUAAUAAGUUAUAUAAAUGGAAGCUGAUAUAGUUUGUAGUCAUUCAUCCCCCAUCCCCACACAUCUUAGCUUCCCCCAUAUCCUUAGCCCCCACCCACCCACUCAUAUAUCCUCACCAAAUCCACAGCUUUUGACCCUCCUUUCCCACACAGUCCUCCCUAAGUUCCCCAUUUGCUGCUAUCCCACACACAAUCCUAUUCCCCCCACAAUCCUAUUCCCCCCACACAAUCCUAUUCCCCCCACUCACACAUGCACACCACACCACACACUCACAUGCAUGCUCCUAUGUAUGUGUGCAUAUUCCCUUUAUCCCCACAUUUCACCCCUUACCCAAACUCUUCCCCCCCCCCCCCCUUCCUUAUCCCCACAUUUCACCCUUACCCAAACUCUCCCCCCCCCCCUUCCUUAUCCCCACUCAUUUCCCUCCAUCUCAACACCAUCCUUCUACCAGCUUGUACACUGUAUUUAUCUUUUCUUGCUUUUAAUGUUCAAAUAACAUAUGUUCAGCUUAGGGUAUAUUACAACAUUUUAAAAUUUCUAAAAAAUGUAAAACUCGUUAAAAUGCUUGAAGAAAGAUAAAAAAAAAAUUUUUGUUUUGCAAUCUCAGCAGAAAAUUAUGCUUGGAAAUUUGUGCUAAUUUCGUUUAAAAUUGUUUAAAGGAAAAAAUUACACUAGUAUAUAAUGAAUUUAUAACAAUUUGAGACGACAAACUGAAUCAGCUUUCAUUUUGUGAUUCACCAGGUUUAGUAUUUGUACCUUUGUUGUCAUUUUAUAUACUGGAAUGGCCCCAUGAAUUUUUGUUGUCCAAGAAAUGAUCAUAUUCUGCUAUCCAAAUCAUACUCUUAAGGAUUUUUUAUUUAAUUUUUUAUUUUUAUUCUUAAUAUUCCUUCACGAAGAAAUAUUUAGAAAGAUUUUAUCGUCUUUCAUGGCGCAAGUUUUGUUGAAUGCUGUAAUGGCUAACCUAGAGAAUUUCAAUAAAGUAUUUUGUUUGACUGUA